UCCAGGCCCUGUUCUGCCCCAUCGGACUAAGCCGGGGGGUCCUCCUGCCUGCUGUCUCUGGUGCCCAGCCCAGGACGCCCUACAUGAACAGAAGCUCAACUCCCCAAGAACAUCGAGAAUGGCCCCUGAAUCUUCCCAGGAGGCUGAAGAGGCAGAGGAGGAGUCUCUCCCAUCUCUGGCAGAUCAAGAGCCAGUCAGGGGUGACCUGGGUCCUCCAACUGGCAUACCUGCAGACCCUGUGGCCCCCACACGUCCGCAGGACAUCAAGCCCCACUCCACAGGGGUGGUCUUCUCUGUCAACCUGCAGUUGGCUCCUGAGUCCCUGGACCCCCGCACUCUGCGGCUGCUGUGGGGGCAGCGAGAACUGGAGAUCCAGGCCCUGCGAUGGGCCAUCCAGAAUGGCCAGGAUGCUCGGCGCUGUCACAUCCUACAGGAGGUGGCAGGGUGUCUACCUGAGAGGCCUGCUGAGAUUGCCCCUCCUCCCAGGAGCCCCCGCAGUCAGGAAAAGCUCCUGCAGAACCAAGUCCAGAAGCUGACCCAGGAGCUGCAGGAACAGAAGGAACAAGCCCAGCUGGAAAAGGAGUGUUUGGAGGAGCGGCUGCUGCAGACCAUCCACGUGCUGCAGCAGCUGGAAACAGAGCUGCAGGCCUUCCAGAAAUCUUGCCUUCUGCAGCUGGCCCGCUCCUCGUGGGUGGGCCGCAUACUCCGAUCCCAGACUGGCAGUGUGGAGGUGGUGACGGCUGAGACUCUGAUGGACCCCAGCGACUCCUCUGAGAAUGAUCAGGCCCCUUCUGCCAGGGAGGGUUUCCGGCUGGAGGACGUGGACUGGAACAGCAUCGCCCACCGGUACCCCAACCUCUUCACCAACUUAGAGUCCAACUCAGAACAAAAGAAGCCCUGGCCCACAACGCUGGACAUGCCAAGCUGGGAGUCACACCGCCAGCAUGUGGAGGGGUCUCACAAGAGCGUUGAGUGGAGCUCCCUGCCCUGUGUGGGUACCAGCAGCUCGGGGGGCGUCGACUCCAACUCCGACUCCAGCGGCCACCAUCUGGCCGUGCAUUCUCAAGUUCAGAAGGUGACAGAGCACCCGCCCCGGGAGAGGCGCUGCGCUUCUGAGCAGACGGAGGCCCGGGCGAGGAGCUUCAGCAGAGACUGGUCCUCGGGGACAGAAGCCUAG